AUGGCUUGUGGCGCCGCGGAGCGCGACGAUGGCACUAAAACACAUGGCGCAACGCUUUCGAUCGACUCCAUGUAUGCGACGGUUCGAUCGCCCUGA